UAUCUUGUCCUCUAGGAUAGGCUAGGGCUAGUGGGAGGAGCAAUGCACGAGGAGCGAUCGAAGGCGCCAGUGCUUGUUCGAUUGAAAGGGAAAUGCGGCGAUGUGCGCUGCGCAGUGAAAGUGAAUGGUUGUCAGGAGCGAUCGAUUGCCGCAGGUUUGAUCUAGGGGAAUUUCUUGCUUUUUCUUCGGUCACAGAUCGUUGGAUCGUGACGCGAGGAGUGGUGCCGACACUGUCAGGCAAAGAAAGAGGGCUGGAGCUUUACAGAAGAUGCCGAAGGAAGAAUCAUCAGAAGAAGCUAUGUACGGUGAUUUUCAGUGCAUCAUCAGGCCACGCUCAGAAUGGAAAAGGAUUUUGUCAGCUGGGUGAACUGGAUUGGUUCCCUCAAGCAUUCCAUGUUCGGAAAGACAGCUGGGAACAGGAUCAAAGUUGCGAGGACGAUUGUGGUGAGCAAGACAAUUGGGGAGGGUGACUACACGACGGUUCAAGCGGCUUUGAACUCUAUACCUGACUACAAUGGCGAGCGCAUUGUCAUCCAAAUCAAUCCCGGCUACUACAGAGAAAAAGUUACGGUUCCAAUAACGAAGCCUUACAUUACACUUCAGGGCUGUGGAGCGUGGCUUACCAUCAUCGACUGGAAUGAUACAGCAAGCAGUCCUGGUCCUGGCGGACAGCCGUUGGGAACCUUUGAGAGUGCAACAGUUGGGAUUUACGCGUCGUUUUUCAUUGCUAAGAACAUUACGUUUAAGAAUUCUGCUGUGUUUUUUCCUGGAGCACCCGGGAAACAAGCUGUUGCUCUUAGAAUUUCUGGUGACACAGCUGCUUUUUAUGGUUGUCAUUUCUUGGGAUCCCAAGACACUCUAUACGAUCACAGUGGCCGUCACUACUUCAGAGAGUGCUACAUUGAGGGAUCUAUAGAUUUCAUAUUCGGAGAUGGCCAUUCAUAUUACUACAAAUCUCAUCUACACGCUGCUGCUGAGAAUUGUGGUGGAAUUGGUGCAUUAGCAGCCCAAAAGCGAACCAACCAAAGCGAACGAACUGGUUUUUCUUUUGUGAACUGCAGGGUCACCGGUUCUGGAACAAUCUUUCUAGGACGAGCUUGGGGUGACUUCUCUCGGGUUGUUUAUGCAUUUACGUACAUGGAUAACAUAGUUGUCCCGGAGGGUUGGGACAACUGGGGAGACCCCAAUAAAGAGCACACUGUGUUUUUUGGGCAGUACAAGUGCUCGGGACCAGGAGCGAAUCAUGCAGGACGUGUAGCGUGGUCUCACGAGCUCACACCGGGACAGGCACAACCUUUUCUAGAUCCAAGCUUCAUUGAUGGCUCUCAGUGGCUCCCAACUUAGAGAGACAGAGCUGGACGUGUAUAUAAUUUAUAGUUGAAGGAAAAGCAUUUGCUGCUUUGCGCA